ACUGUGAUACAGUCUCAUAGAAAAAAAAAACAAAGGUCCAUAUUCAGAGUCACUAGUGAUGUAUGGUAUGAAAUCUUUUGAAAUUAAGCGGUAAUUUGUUUAGGUGGUUUGAAAUCUAGUGUUGCCCCUCCAAUAUUCAUUUUGUAUAUAUAUUCUUCCAAGUACAACAUCAUUAACCAACCAACAGGCCAACAGCAAUGGAUACUAAGCCCCAAAAUCUGGCUUCACAGCAGGCAUCAAGUGCUAGUCAAGACGCAGCAGCUGAUUGGCAAGAGUUUAUAGCUACCGAUGGCAGAAGAUAUUAUUACAACAAUAAAACAAAGCAGUCUUCUUGGGAAAAACCCUUCGAGAUGAUGACACUUCUGGAGAGGGCUGAUGCCUCUACUGUUUGGAAAGAGUUCACAACUGCAGAGGGUAAAACAUACUAUUACAACAAGGAUACAAAGCAAUCUAAAUGGAGUAUACCCGACGAGUUGAAGUUGGCUCGUAAGCAGGCUGAAAAAGAAGCUUCUAGAGAGACUCAUUCUCCAGCCACUUUAACAUCCUCCACAUUGGAUCAACUUUCGGCCUCUGUUAGCUCUACUAAUGACGUUUCAAGCCCUGUAGGGGUUACACCUAUAAUUCCUGUUGCCAAUGAGGUGGCUGAGUCUUCAUCUGGAUGUGCCGCCAGAGGUUUGAAGAGAAAGCGUGGGGCCUGCAAGAAUCUUAAUUUGGAGAAAGCAUUGGAAAAUAAUGAUGGUGAUCCACUACUUAUAUCAUUUGAUAUAGAUGACCAGAGGACUUAUGGGCCAGUUGGGAAAAAUGCAUCUAUGUUUAAAAGUUUGGUCGGGGCUUGGGUGAGGUACGUCCCGUUGUAUCAUGAUUCCUGGGAAAAAGUCCCUGCGGAUAAGAAGGACCAUCUUUGGCCAACUAUAGAGAGAUAUUUCGACAUGAAACCUUAUCUUGAUCGCCUGGAAAAUGAUCCGGUGAGGAAAGGCGUGAUAAACGGGGUUCAUGCCUAUUGUGCCGAAAGAUACAGGGGCGCCAAGUAUCACUUUAAAAACAAGUGGUUUACAAAAAGAGGGGGUCCGGAAGCUGUACAAGAAAUUCGGGCGCAACCCCCACCCCACAUGGACAUUGAGGAAUGGGGUCGGCUUGUGAAUUGUUAUAUGAGCGAGGGGGCUUUGCAUAGGUCUGAGGUAAAUUCCGGGAACAGGGCACUCCAACAAUAUAUCGGGACACAUGGCAGAAAGUCGUUUGCUGAAAUUCGCCAUGAUGUGCGCCAACGGACGGGUGAAUAUCCAACUCUGAUCUCAACUUUUGGAGAUACGCAUAUGAGAGAUGGGGCCUAUGUCGACAUGCUGGCUCAACAACAACAUGAGCAAAUGCAGCAAUUAUGGGAUUCCCAACAAAGUAGUCCAAACCCAAUGACAGAAGAAGAGAUCAUGGAACAAGUCUUGGGAACUCGAGGCGGGCACCAUCGUGGACGUGGAAGGAUUGUACGGGGUUCAUCUUUGGAAACAAGUGCUGGAUCACAAGUCAAGGGUGAAACAAGUGCUGGAUUACAAGGCAAGGGUGAAACAAGUGAUGGAUCACAAGGCAAGGGUGUAACAACUGCUGGAUCACAAGGCAAGGAUGAAACAAGUGAUGGAUCACAAGGCAAGGGUGUAACAACUGCUGGAUCACAAGGCAAGGGUGGACGAUGGUUCUCACAGGAAGAGGUUGAGCAAAGGGAGGCACGUUUACGGUCGGAAUUGCUCAAGCAAAUGGAAGCGCAAAUGGAGGCGCGUUUACAAGCUCAAAUUAAGGAGCAAAUGCAGACCAUGUUUGAUCAACACAUGAGAAGCCAAGGCUUCCAUGUCCAACAACCCGUUCCCCAGCCAACUUCGAAUCCCCAUUAAUCACCAUUUGAUCUUAAUGAUGAAGACGAAGAUGAUGAAAAGUAGUGACGUUUCUAGGGAAGAUUACCUUAAUGUUAAAAAUGAAGGUGUGUAUCUAGAUCUAUAAAUUAUUUACUUGUUUGGUCAAGCACUUAUUACUACCUAUCUCGUUUAGUAAGAAAUGAAAGUAUCCCCGUAA